AUGAAGACUUAUAUGUCUAUUCUGAUUAAAACUAUCAUGAUCGUUGCCUUUUUUGGCCAGAUCAGAUGCUAUGAAGAAGAUGUAUCAUUGAAACAAGUGUUCGGUCAGUGUUCUGAGGAACACCAAAUAAGCCUGGAAGCUAUUAUGAGUACUGUGAGGCAUGUGCGUGGGCCCGAUGGUUAUCAAGUUAAGCGUUGGAUCACUUGUGUAAUGAAGAAAAUGGGAAAGAUAAAUGAAGGUGAAAUUGACUGGGAGCAAUGUAAAAUACUUUCUAAGCAAGGACUAACUGGAAAAGUAGAUAAAGCCAAGGUCGAUAAGAUAGCUGAAAUAUGGCAAUAUAAAAUUCCUGAAGAGGUAAAAAAAGAGCGUCAGCUGGCAAAUUAUGCCCCAGUUUGCAAAUUCGAGAGCUGGAAGGAGCUUGCUCUUCUAAAACAUCUAACAUUAAUCAAUUAG